UACAGACGAAACAAAAAUUGGACCAAUCGGCUGCUCACUACUCGUAUUUGCUGUUAAGUUGGCAGGGCUGGCAUUCGGUCUUGCUUCGCCAAAAAAAAAAAGUUUUACAUUAAUAUCCGUAAAAAUCGACGAAAACUUACAAGUGCCAGGCAAAAAGCGCGACUGUUGCACGCCCAGAAAAACGCACGCAAAACAUAGCCAAGCAGCACAGUCCGCCAAAGCAGAACAGAGCACUAAUCGCUACAUAUAUAUAUAUUUUUUUUGGCUGGUGCUGUAAGCAGAAACGAUCGAACGACGACCGUCGAGACUGCCGCCAAAGGAAGCGACCGCUUGCCCGCCCCGCGUACUACGCUCCACCCCCCCUCAGCCCAGCAGCCGCAGCAGCAGGCGAAACGACAAUAACAAGAGAUUGGCCCGGCCCUUUGGCAGCUAGUAAACAACUUACAGCCAACUUACAACAAAUAACAAAGUAGCUAAAAUGGACGUGUUCCUCAUGAUCAGAAGGCAAAAGACAACCAUCUUCACAGAUGCUAAGGAAAACACAUCAGUUGUCGAACUGAAACGCAUGAUCGAAGGCAUUUUAAAAGUGCCACCGAACGAUCAGCGAUUAUACAAUCAGGACAACGAUGUCAUGGAGGACGAGCAGACGUUGCAGGACUACGGUGUCACGGUGUCAACGGCGAAGGCGCAAGCACCAGCGCAACUGGGCCUAACAUGCAGGAACGAAUUAGGUGAUUUUGAUACGCUUGAUAUUACACCGUAUUCAGCACCGCCCGACUUACCGGAAGUGAUGAAGAAUCAAGAGGCCUCCAACGGACAGGAGCAGGUCGCAUAAGAACACAAAGCACAAUGAGAAACAUUGCACACAACAACAUCAAGAAGAACAAGAACAACAAUAACAACAAAAACAACAAAAGUAGCUGGAAACAGACUACCAUUUAAGCAUGCGAGAUAUAAAACUAAAUGUUGAGAGUCAGUCAGUCAAAUUUAACCACAAUCGCUCGCUUGCUGCCCAAAAACAAAAAUUGAAAGUCAAAAACUCUCUCGAUGCAAAAUGUUUCAAAUUGUAACCAUUUCAACUCUGCCUGGUCAAGCAACACUAACAAAAACAACAAGAGCAAAACAAACAACAGCAACAAUAGCUAAAUAUGUAUGCAUUUUUUCGUUGAUUAUAGCAUGAAACAAUUUAAUUAAUGAUUAUUUGAAAUGGGAUUCAAUCGACCGUUUUUAUAUUUCACAAUACCCAUUUAAUUCUUGUUUUUUUUUUAUUGAAUUUGUACGAAUUUGUUUAAGUGAAAAGUUACUUUACAACAAUUUAAAGAAAAUUAAUUAUGAAAAAUGAAAAGUCACACAAUUGAAAUAGCUUAAAAAAGGAAAACAAAAAUGGCAAUUGAGGAUAAUUGAGCAUAACGGUGAAUAUUUAAAAUAUUGGGAUUUAAAUUUAUUAUAAUUUAUAAUCAAAUUAUGAUUAUUAUUAUUAUUGUAAUAAUAAGAUUUAAUUAUUAUUAAAAAGGAAAACGAAAAAAAUCCAAU